AACUCCAUUGGUGGGCAUUUUGGGAGGUUUUAGUUACAUAAUUUAGAUUGAGUUUAGCAUAUAACUACGUUUACACUGAUUCACAGCCAAGUCAAAAUCUGGUAUUCAAACUGUAUUAAGCAAUAGAGCCAAGUCUCUUUGAGUACUGUUUUUCUCAGUACAGGCUUCCUCUGUUCAGUUUACAUAAGACACUCACUUUCCUACCCCAGACAUGAACAAAAGAAGAAACUGAUGGCUGGAGGAGGAUUUUCAGAUGCAGGCAGCCUGAAGAGGGCUCAUCUUUACGAGUACAACACUACUCUUUAUUUCAUAGUUGCUUGCAUUGUUGCAGCCUCUGGAGGAUCUCUAUUUGGCUAUGAUCUUGGUGUUUCUGGGGGAGUGACUUCCAUGGAUGAUUUCUUGAAGGAUUUCUUCCCAAAAGUGUACCAAAGAAAGCAACAACAUUUAAAAGAGACAGACUACUGUAAAUAUGAUGAUCAGAUUCUAACACUGUUUACAUCUUCAUUAUACUUUGCGGGUCUUAUUUCAACAUUUGGAGCUUCGUAUGUGACCAGAAACAAAGGCAGGAAAGCCUCCAUUCUGGUUGGAGCAGUGAGCUUCCUUCUGGGAGCACUAAUGAAUGCAUUUGCAGUCAAUAUCUUGAUGCUCAUCAUAGGAAGAAUUUUACUUGGUAUAGGCGUUGGAUUUGGCAAUCAAGCAGUUCCUUUGUAUCUUUCAGAAAUUUCACCAGCAAAAAUCAGAGGAACAGUUAACCAACUGUUUCAAUUAACAACAUGUUUGGGGAUUCUAGUAGCAAACUUGAUUAAUUAUUUUACUGAUAAACUUCAUCCAUGGGGGUGGAGAUUAUCUCUUGGUUUAGCCAUGGUGCCAGCGGGGAUAAUGUUUUUUGGUGGCCUUUGCCUCCCCGAGACUCCGAACAGCCUUGUAGAACAAGGCAAACUGGAACCAGGAAGACAGGUGUUGGAGAAAAUCAGAGGUACCCCCAACAUUGAUGCUGAGUUUGCCGAUCUUGUCAAUGCCAGCAAUGCAGCUCGUGCAGUAAAGCACCCCUUCAGGAAUCUCCUUCAACGCAAGCAUCGCCCCCAAUUGAUAAUAGGGGCCUUGGCAAUUCCAGCUUUCCAGCAAUUAACAGGCAUGAAUUCAAUACUCUUCUAUGCUCCAGUCAUAUUUCAGAGUUUGGGUUUUGGUUCAUCGGCAGCUCUCUAUUCAUCCAUCAUAACCGGUGUAGCUCUUGUCCUCGCUGCAAUUAUAUCAAUGUUUUUUGUGGAUAAAUUAGGCCGAAGAGCUUUCUUUAUAGAAGCUGGAAUUGAAAUGAUUUGCUACAUGAUAAUUGUGGUUGUAGUUUUGGCUCUGGAGUUUGGAGAAGGAAAGGCCCUCCCGAAAGCAGUAGGCGCCGUCCUUGUAAUCAUCGUCUGCUUAUUCGUCGUGGCCUAUGGUAGGUCUUGGGGUCCUCUGGGUUGGUUAGUUCCAAGUGAGAUCUUCCCUUUGGAGACAAGAUCAGCUGGUCAAAGUAUGGUGGUGUGUGUAAAUCUCCUCUUCACGGCUUUAAUAGCACAAUGCUUCCUCGCAUCACUGUGUCAUCUCAAAUAUGGAAUUUUCUUACUGUUUGGUGGCUUGGUUUUCAUCAUGACCUGCUUCAUUUACUUCCUACUGCCUGAAACUAAGCAAGUUCCAAUAGAGGAAAUUUAUCUUCUAUGGCAAAACCACUGGUACUGGAAGAAGAUAGUAGGAGAAACAGAGGAUGCAGGAGAGUUGUAGGAAAUGAAACUUGAAGGGUAGUCAGGGACUUAAAGUCUUCAAUUUCCUUGGAAGAAUAUCUAGUGCAGGGCUGAAUUCAAACCGAGCCGAGCUCGAGCUCGGCUUGGUUUGCAUAUAAUAUAGCUCGAGUUCAAGCUCGUUGCAACUAACUUAAACUCGGUUCGAAUUCGGCUCGACUCAACUCAUUUCGAGCUCGAGCUUUUAAGUAGCUCAUUAUUAAAACAACAUCGUUUUAAUAUAUAUUAAUUGAAACGACAUCGUUUUGUAUCUAAAUUUUUAAUUCGUAAAUUUGACAAACAGUUCGAGCUCGAGCUUGAGCUUGGUCGAGUUUGUAUAAGACUAACUCAUUUUGGACUCGUUCGAAUUAAGUUUAAUUCGAAUCAACCCUAACCUAACGUUAGAGAUUUCUCAGCUAUAUUCUGUAUCUAAACGCAUUAUUUUAAUAUAAGCUUUCAGAAUAGUCAUUUUAAUAGGAAA